AUGAACAUUCUACCUCAAAAGAAAUGGCAUGUACGUACAAAAGAAAAUAUUGCUCGAGUUAGGAGAGACGAGGCAAAAGCUGCGCAAGAAGAACAAGAUCGUCUCGAUAGAGCGAUUAAAGCAGAGAAUGAGAGACGUCUCGAAGCUUUGCGAGCACAAGCAGCAAAAAGGGAAGCAAAUUUGGAACCAUUCUCCUUAAGAGGGUCAUCAGAUGCUACUAUAGCCAGCUCGUCUGGUCACGUUAACCUGUUCCAGGAUCUCGAACAAGCUGAACUGCAAAAUUUUGGACAUGGAAAUAAGGAAUAUGAAGAAGAAAAACGCAAAGAGCAAGCGGAAUGGGACUCAAAAAUGGGUAUCCAAAAAGCUUUUGCUGAAGGCACAAAAGAACUAAAUAAAGAACAAGAAUGGUAUACAAAAAUUACGCGGCCAAUAGUCAGACAAGAAGAAGUAAAGGGGAAAAUCACAUCUUUACCUUCUACUUCAUUAAGUAGUGGAAAAGAGGAGGCUAAAGAUGAAAAGAAGCACAAAAAGAAGAAGAGGAAAAGAAGUAGUAGCAGCGAAAGCGGUCGGUCUAGCGAUUCGAAAAAGAGGAGGAAGAAGCAAAAGAGGGAGAAGAAGAAGGGGCAUCACCAUCACCGUCAUCACCAUCAUGACCAUGAGAGCAAUGACAAUGACAAUGAGAAGCUGGAAAUGGAGAUUGAGAAACGAAAUAGACUAGCAGCUUUAAGAGAAGAACGUUUGAUACGGGAAAGAGCUGAGGUAAGCACAUGUUAG